AUGGCUUCCCAUGAACCACGGUUUACCGCCUGGCUACACGGCGAUUCCAUCCGAAACAAACUGGUCCAGUUCAUCAAACAAUUGCAUGCCUAUGUGCACUUUCGGCCAACGAUUUCAACCGAUGAGAAGUCAAUAAUUUACGAUAAAGGCAGUGUCUCGCAUGACCAAGAUGACGAGUUGCUCUGGCGUCAUCCCUGCCCCCAGGACAGCCAGAUGUGGGAAUUCAUGCAGUGUGUGAACUUGAAGCAUGGGACGAGUUUUCAAACAUACCAGGAGCUUCACCACUGGAGUCUCGAAAGUACAGCAGAAUUCUGGGGAGAAGUAUGGGACUAUUGCAAAAUUCGGCACUCGAUUCCAUAUGAGCAGGUCGUCGAUGACGCAGCGAAGAUGUGGCCAAGAUCCACCUGGUUUAAAGGCUCAACGCUGAACUUUGCAGAAAAUUUAUUGUUCCCUCUUCAUCAUGUUGCAGAAGACGAUUUGGCUGUUAUAUCUGUCGAUGAAAUGACCAGAGAAACAAUCACCUGGCGGGAGCUGCGAGAGAAAGUACGACAAUGCCAGGCAGGAAUGAAGGCCAUGAACCUGAAGCCUGGAGACCGGGUUGCAGGAUAUGUUGCAAACCACAGUAACGCCCUGAUUGCCAUGUUGGCUACUGCGUCUUUAGGAGCUAUUUGGACGGCUGUUAGCCCAGACACCGGCGUAGCAGCAACUCUUGAUCGGCUAGUGCAAAUUGAACCACGAUUGCUAUUCACGGACAAUGCAGUCAUGUAUAAUGGAAAGACAUACCACGUUCUGUCAAAGUUCCAGGAGAUUGUAGCGGCCCUCCCGUCUUUAGAGGCUGCUGUCAUAUUCGAAACCUCAAGUACUGCGGAUUACAGCAUGGUGUCUUCAAAUCUGGAGACAAAAGUCUUGAAAUACGACGAAUUCAUAUCUCAACAAGACGUCAAAUCAAAGCUCAAUUUUAUCCAAAUGCCAGCCGAGCAUCCAGUGUAUAUUCUUUACAGUUCUGGGACAACUGGUGCUCCAAAGUGCAUCGUUCAUGGAGCAAUUGGGACACUUAUUCAACAUAAGAAGGAGCACAUUCUCCAAAGUGAUAUCAGACCAGGAGAUCGACUGUUCUAUAUCACGACAUGCAUGUGGAUGAUGUGGCACUGGUUCGUGUCUGGACUAGCAUCUGGUGCCACCAUUGUUUUGUACAACGGCUCCCCGUUUCACUAUGUGUCUGGUGAACAAUCGGUCAGGGACGAUCUUGCUAUGCCAAAGCUAAUCGAUGAGCUUCACAUUACACAAUUUGGCGCGAGUGCUACUUACUUUUCUAUGCUCGAACGAAAGAACAUCAUGCCGAAAGAACGUGGCCUGACUCUUAGGACACUUAAAGCCAUCUACUCGACUGGAUCGCCCCUCGCACCGUCCACCUUUAGAUACAUUUACAAAGCAUUCGGCCAGGUAAACUUGGGUUCCAUAUCGGGCGGCACAGACCUCAUUGCAGACUUUGGCACGCCGAGUCCGCUUCAACCUGUAUUCGCUGGAGAAAUCCAAGUAGCGGCCCUUGGUAUGGCAGUCGAAGCUUGGAGUCCUGCGGGGAAGGAUCUAAGCAGUAUUGGAGAACCAGGGGAACUUGUCUGCGUAAAGCCAUUUCCUAGUCAACCGGUGAAAUUUUGGGGCACUGGAGGAGAAAAGAAGUAUAAAUCAUCGUACUUUGAAAAAUUUCCAGGCGUUUGGGCGCACGGAGACUUUGUACGGGUAAACCCUCGGACAGGAGGGCUAUUCAUGCUUGGUCGGUCCGACGGAGUUUUGAAUCCAAGCGGAGUGCGGUUCGGAAGUGCAGAAAUUUACAAUCUGAUCCUGAAACGCUUUCCCUCUCUAGUAGAGGACUCGUUAUGCAUUGGAAGGCGACGACGCGAAGACACGGAUGAGACUGUGAUAUUGUUCCUCAAGAUGAGACACGGUCAAAAAUUCACUGCCCAGUUUGCAGCAGAAGUCAAGCAGACUAUACGGGAUGAUCUUUCUCCAAGGCACGUCCCUAGCAUUAUCGAUGAAUGCCCAGACAUUCCUGUGACAGCAAACGGUAAGAAAAUUGAGGUGCUGAUUAAGAAGAUAUUGAGCGGAAUGGACCUCAAGGCUGCUGGCGGUUCAGGCGCAGUGAAUGGAGACUGCCUAGACUGGUAUCAAGAGUGGGCUAGAAACCACUAA